UGGGUGUCCUUGUCUGGGAAGAGGAAAUUUAGAGCCAAACUUCAUGACAUGAACCUGGAGAAAGACAAUGUGCAUCAGCAAAGGGAACAUAAGUUUCAUCUUCUUCCUCUGCUCUUUCAUUCUACCUAUGCACUCAGAUAAAGAAGCUCUGCUGCCAGCUCCUCAAAAUAUCUCUAUUUUUUCCACCAAUAUGAAGCACUUCUUAACCUGGAGUCCGGUGAUCAUCCCUGGAGAAACUGUGAGAUACUCUGUUGAGUUUCAGGGGGAGUAUGAAAGAUACUAUGCCAAUGAGAGCUGGAUUCCCAUCAGUGAGUGCUCAUUCAUCAUUGUUACUCAGUGUAAUGUGACAGAGGACAUCUCUGCUACUGUGCCCUAUAAUCUGCGUGUUAGGGCAGAUGUUGGUACUCAGGGUUCAGAGUGGGGCACCCUGAAACGUCUCUUCAAUCGCAAUACAACUUUGCUCACACCUCCCAGGAUAAAAGUUAUUGCAGAUGGGUAUCAUUUACUGGUAGAGUUGGAAGACAUGGGGCCAGCCUUUCAGUUUCACAUACUCUAUUGGAAGAAUGGGCAGGAAAGUUGGGUGCAAAAGAUGAUGGUGAAAGAGAUUACCUCUGCUGUUCAUCUGGACACAGUGGAGGCAGGAACUGACUACUGUGUCAAAGUCCAGACAUAUGUAGAGGCCAUUAACAGGAGCAGCAACUUCAGCCAGACACAGUGUAUCAGGGUGCAAGAUGCCAGAUCUACAUGGGUAAAUAUUACUCUCAUCUCCUUUGCUGGUUUUAUUAUGGCUGCUUUGGUCCUGCCUUUUCUUAUCUGGAAAAUAAGUCGAAUCUUCGAGUAUUCCUGUUGUCCAGUUGUUAUCCUGCCGGAGACUCUGAAAGUAGCAGAGCCCACCACAAAGUUAUUCCUGCGUGGGAUUGAAAAAGAUGAAUACUGUGAUAUGUCUCUGUGUGUGAUGACCCCUGAAGAGGUCUUUCAACUGUGGAUUCAGGACACACUUUCAUAUGACUUAUGAAGAAUUGACCUGUAAAAAGCCUCUCCAAAAGCAUCCAGCACUAAGAGCUAUUCAUACAAUCCUACAGGUAUUUGGUGAGCUCAGAGAUGCCUGAUGCUGGCUGAAAGGACUUGGAACAAUGACAGAAAUAUAAGAAAUAGAUUUGCUCUUGUUCAAAGAGCAAUGUGGAGCUUUACUUCCUUUGAAAAUGUGAGCCUCAUACCACUGUUCAGGACCAAGGGGUGGGUGGUCAGGGAAGGUCACAUAGUUAUUGGGCAAAGUCCACAAAUUGGGUCCAUAAGGGGGUAGGAAUCAAUCCAGGAAGUAAGAGCAGUGUUCCAAGUAAGCUAGGACUUAAAGCCCCUUCUACACAUUACAGGUAUUGUGCAAUAACUGGUUAAUUAUACAAUUACCUGAAGACCAGCUACACAUGCAAAGAAACUAUCACACAAUAAGAAGUUCCAAACCAGCUAUACAAUUAGACCUCAAAAAUAUGUACUAACUUUAUACCUGGUUGCUAUCAAGCUUUAAUUUACAGAUGUA